AUGAUUCCAUGGUUGAUUGUAUCAGCUCUUCAAUUAGCAGAGCUAUCAGUGAGCUCCGUUGUUCAUAUGCUUUAUGGGCUUUACAUAUUCAGCUCCGCCGUUGCCGGAGAUCUCACUCAGGCGUUAAGCGAAUCAAUCUUCAAACCCAAAACCACCAUUGAAUUCGAACAAAUUGACCCAGGGAGGAAGACAACAAACGCCGAUGAUUUGCCUCCCAUUGUUUUGGUCCAUGGGAUUUUCGGAUUUGGCAAAGGAAGAUUGGGUGGUUUAUCAUACUUUGCAGGAGCAGAGAAGAAAGACGAGAGAGUGUUAGUGCCUGAUUUGGGAUCUUUGACUAGUGUACACGAUAGGGCAAGAGAAUUGUUUUAUUACCUCAAAGGUGGGAUAGUUGAUUAUGGAGAAGAUCAUAGUCAAGCUUGUGGGCACUCUCAGUUUGGUCGUUUCUAUGAAAAAGGGGAAUACCAAGAAUGGGAUGAAGAUCAUCCUAUUCACUUUGUUGGUCAUUCUGCUGGUGCUCAAGUUGUUCGUGUCUUGCAGCAAAUGCUCGCUGACAAGGCGUUCAAGGGUUAUGAGAACACGAAUGAGAACUGGGUUUUGAGUUUGACAUCAUUGUCAGGAGCAUUAAAUGGGACUACUCGAACCUACCUCGAUGGAAUUCGGCCAGAGGACGGGAAGUCCCUGAAAACCAUAUCUCUACUUCAGAUUUGCAGACUUGGAGUCAUAAUGUACGAGUGGCUCGACAUUCCUUGGCUCAAAUCCUAUUACCAUUUCGGGUUUGAUCAUUUCAACAUGUCGAGAAAGAAGAUAGGUUUACGAGGCCUUGUCGAUUGUCUUCUUGGAAACGCAGGCCCUUUUGCUGGAUCUGGAGAUUGGAUCUUGGCUGACCUCUCAAUCCAGGGAUCAAUGCGGAUCAAUGCACAUCUUCAGACUUUCCCAAACACUUUCUACUUCAGCUACGCGACAAAACGUACUAGAAACCUUCUUGGGAUGAUGACUGUUCCUUCAKGUGUGACGGGAAUCCAUCCUCUGCUUUUCAUCCGCGUGUUGCAGAUUAGUCAAUGGAGUUUUCCAAAUGACAUUCCUCUGCCUUAUAAGGGUUACAGAGAUGAAGAUUGGCAGGACAAUGAUGGAGCAUUAAACACAAUAUCCAUGACUCACCCACGAAUUCCCGUUGAACAUCCUAAUCUCAUUGUUCGUAGUGACUCAGACUAUCUCCCGCUCCAACCGGGCAUUUGGUACUACAAGAUCGUGGAGGCAGAUCAUAUUCUGUUCAUUGUGAACCGAGAGCGAGCAGGGGUGGAGUUCGAUCUGAUCUACGACAGUAUCUUUGAGCGGUGCAGGAAACAUGUAUUCAGGAAGAGUCCUCAGACAUUACCAAACGAAGCUCAACACUAG